UUCAUAUUAUACAACGCGGCAUCCACGUUUCUAUUUACUUAAUUCACUAGCUUUUGCUCGCCCUUCUGCAAUUCCCAUCUCAAUUUUCUCCCCUAAAACUACUACUCUUGCAACUUCGUCCAUGGCCUUUAAGGGAGCUUCUUCAUCUUCCUCUUCCUCCUCUUCUGUUACCCGUCAAUGGGCUUAUGAUGUGUUCUUGAGCUUUAGAGGUGAAGAUACUCGAAACAAUUUUACUGCUCAUCUAUACGCUGCUUUGGAUCAAAAGGGAAUCAACACCUACAUAGAUAACGACCUCGAAAGAGGAGAGAACAUUUCUCCAGCACUUCUCAAAGCUAUUGAUGAGUCAAGGAUUUCGGUCAUUGUACUCUCUCAGAAAUAUGCAUCUUCCUCAUGGUGCUUGGAUGAACUUGCGACGAUCCUUGAGUGUAAGAAAAGAAAGGGACAAAUUGUUCUACCGGUGUUUUACAAGGUAGAUCCAUCAGAAGUACGACACCAAAAAAAUAAUUUUGGAGAAGCAUUUGCCAGGCACGAGGAAAGAUUCAAAGAUGAUCAAACGAAGGUGCAGAGGUGGAAGACAGCCCUAACACAAGUGACCAAUUUGUCCGGCUGCCAUUUAGGGAACAGGAAUGAGCAUGACUUUAUUCAGGAAAUCAUUGAAUGGGUGGAUUUGAUGUUAGUAAAAGAGACAUAUUUUCAUGUUGCCAAGUAUCCGGUUGGAAUAGAGUCUCGUGUACAAGAUGUGAUGUUGCUUUUAGAUCUAAAGAAGAAAGACAGUACAUGCAUGGUAGGAAUCGUCGGAACUGGUGGAGUUGGUAAGACAACUCUAGCCAAAGCCAUCUACAACUCAAUUGCUUCUCAAUUUGAAGGUAGUUGUUUUCUUGAAAACGUUAGAGAAACUUCUGACCAAAAGGGCGGUCUAGUCUAUUUACAAAAUAAACUUUUAUCAAAGAUCUUAGGAGGUUCAAGUCAAAUGGUUGACAAUGUUGAUCAAGGAGUUACUUUGAUAGAGAAGAGGCUUCACUUAAAAAUGAUACUUUUAGUUUUUGAUGAUGUGGAUAAGUUAGUCCAAUUAGAAAUGUUAGCAGGAAAAACUGAUUGGUUUGGCUUAGGAAGUAGAAUCAUCAUAACAACGAGAGAUAAACAUUUACUUCGUGCGCAUGAUCAAGUUGAAUCAAUUUACCUUGUGAAUGGGUUGGAUCACUAUGAGGCUCUUCGGCUUUUUAGUUGGAAUGCCUUUAAAAGUGACAAACCUAAUGACGGUUAUGUUGAAGUCACAAAAGAUGCACUACGUUAUUGUGGACGAUUACCACUAGCUUUAAUAGUGGUAGGUUCUACUCUAAAAGGUAGAGACAUACGUUAUUGGAAAAGUAAAUUGGAUGAGUACAGAAGAAUUCCUCACUGUGAUAUUCAAGAAAUCCUUAGAAUAAGUUUUGAUGGAUUGGAUGAAAAUGCGAAGAAUAUUUUUCUUGACAUAGCCUAUUUCUACAAAGGAAAGGAUGUAAAAUAUGUUCAAGAAAUGCUUGACAGUUGUGGUUUCCACUCAAGUACUGGUAUCGAUGAGCUAAAGGAUAAGUGUCUCAUAACUGAGGGAUAUCGGGGAUCCAUCAAGAUGCAUGACUUGGUGCAAGACAUGGGUAGAGAAAUUGUUAGACAAGAAUCACCCAAAAAUCCUGGCAAGCAUAGCAGAUUGUGGUUUCAUGAAGAUGUUCGGCGUGUCCUAGAAGAAGAUAUGGGAACAAACAAAGUUGAAGGCAUAUUGAUAGAUUUGCCUGAACUAAGCCAGCCGAUACACUUGAGUCCCACAGCCUUUGAGAGGAUGAAAAUGCUCAGAAUAUUUAUAAAUCGUAAUGCAUGUUUUUCUGAAGAGCCUAAUUUUCUCUCUAAUGAAUUAAGAUUAAUAGAUUGGGUUGGAUAUCCUGGAGAAUAUUUUCCACCCAAUUUUCGUGGAGAGAAACUUGUGAAUUUAAGAAUGGUUGGUGGUCGCAUCAAGACAUUGGAGGGAGUUGAGUGUUUCCAAAGCUUGACAACUAUGGAUUUCUAUAGCUGUGAAUUCCUUGAAAAAAUCCCUAAUAUUUCAAGGAUCCCAAAUUUAGAGUUGUUGAAACUUUGUUAUUGCAAAAAUCUAGUUGAGGUUCAUCAUUCUGUUGGAUCACUUAAUAAGCUCAAAAACCUGACCAUUUUCUCUUGCUCUAAUCUUAGAAGUUUCCCGAAAAGCUUCAAGUCUAGAUCCCUAGAGAAAAUCGAUUUUAUUAAUUUUUCAAUGCUUAAGAGCUUUCCUAAAAUGGAAUGUUUAGAGGAUAUUUACUGUUGUGAUUCCUUAAGGGCACUUGAUUGGGGCUCCACGUCCACGUUGUACUAUUUAAAUCUAUCAUGGUGUGGUAUUGUUACGCUUUCUCGAUGUAUCGAAAGUUUUGUUGGAUUGAAGGUCCUUAAAAUGGUUAAUUGCAAGCAACUUCAAGAAAUUCUAGGACUUCCACCAAAUGUAGAAGUAGUAACUGCUUGGGGGUGCGUGUCAUUGGAAAUAUUUUUAGAAGGAAGUAGAAAAUCUCAAUUGUUUAAUACGGAGGAUCCACCAGAGCCUAUGGGGGUUGGAACAGAAAUUCCAGCACAACAAUCAUUGAGAAAGAUAAAUUUAUCGGAUAGCGCUAUUGUUAGCCUUCCUACAUUCUUCAAUAGAUUUGUCAAAUUGGAGAAGCUUUACUUGGAAGGUUGCAAGCAACUUCGAAAAAUUCUAGUACUCCCACCAAAUGUAAGAAAACUGAAGGCUUGGAAUUGCUCAUCAUUGGAAGUAUUUUUAGGAGAAGCUGGAAGAUCUCAAUUUAAUACAUUUGUCCCACCAAAUCCUUUGUGGGUUGGAACAGCAUCUUCGGCACUGCAACCAUUGGAACAAAAGUUUCAACUUGAAUGCUCUUUCAAUAGUUUGGAAUUUCUAGAUCUAAGCGGUAGCGCUAUUGUUAGCCUUCCUAUAUGGUUCAACAAAUUUGUCAAAUUGGAGAAGCUUAAAUUGAAUUAUUGCAAGCAACUUCGAAAAAUUUUAGUACUCCCACCAAAUGUAAGAGAAGUGGAGGCUUCUAGUUGCUCAUCAUUGGAAGUAUUUUUAGGAGAAGCUAGAAGAUCUCAAUUGUUUAAUACGUUUGUCCCACCAAAUCCUUUGUGGGUUGGAACAGCAUCUUCGGCACUGCAACCAUUGGAACAAAAGUUUCAACUUGAAUGCUCUUUCAAUAGUUUGCAAUUUCUAAGUCUAUGUGGUAGCGCUAUUGUUAGCCUUCCUAUAUGGUUCAACAAAUCUGUCAAAUUGGAGAAGCUUUUCUUGAGAAAUUGCAAGCAACUUCGAGAAGUUCCAGAGCUUCCACGAAAUAUAGAAAUUGUAGAUUUGGGUGGAUGCACGUCAUUGGAAAGAUUUCCAUUUAAUAAUAUAUACGACUUACCAAAGCUAUCGUGGAUUGACUUCUCCUAUUGCCCUGAACAAAUAGGGAAUGCUGUACACAAUCAAUUAUCCAGUGAGGGACAUCCUAAGUUCAGUGGAUUCCCUCACUUUAGGUGUAAAUAUCCGGGAAAUAGGAUUCCAGGUUGCUUCAACUAUUGUAAAGAGGUUUCAAAUACUAAUUUGUGUGAAAUAGAUACCGGGCCUCUACAUUUUGAUUCAAAGAAUACAAUAUUUGCUUUCUCUGCUGUUAUUGGAAGGAGGGAUCAUGGAAAGCAUCAAUCUACUUUUUAUAUUCAGUUUGAAGUCUUCAAUAAUGGUCAGGAAAAUCGUUCUAAUCGCGCUAUUAUGAAACGUCAGACCACCAGGCCAGAUCAUGUAAUUUUAAUUUACAAAUCAUACCAUUCUCAGCUAACGACGAAUAAUCUUCGAGUUAAAUUUGGAAUCUAUCAUCGUCCACCGUUAGUGUUCUUUAAAAGCUGUGCAUUCCAUAUAAUAGAACAAGGGUAUGAUGAUGAUGACGACGACGACUAUGAUGAUGAUUAUGAUUAUGAUUAUGAUUAUGAAGAAUGUAGUAAUUCUGAUGAUGAUUUUGAUCAUAAUUAUAAUUAUGAUUAUGAAAGCGACUGGAAUCCAAUAGAACAGAGAUAGGAUGAUGAUGAUGAUGAUGAUGAACGGCACAAUUUACAUUUCUGUUCUAAGAGACGCCGUAAUGACGAUGAUGAAGAAGAUGGUGAUGGUACCCACAACAACAGAGGCAUUCUUCGCUCCAGAAAAUUGUAUAGCUGCCAAGAUCUGAGAAUGAAAUUAAAUGCUUCUCAACACCCUUGUGGUGGACUCUACCAACAUGGAAAACGCAUCCUUCAUUGUGUCAAGCCCAUAAUUACAGGCACCAACUUGUGUACUCUCACUUUCGCUGAGGAAUUUCAGAUGCCUCUUGGUGAAUCGCAAUUACAUCAAUCAAAUCACCCCCAGAACUUGGGUUAUAAUAAUGAUAUAAUGGAUCCUUGACUCAGUUGGAUGAUCAUUAUAAUCUUCAUGUGGAUGGUUCUCAUACGGAUGGUGCUCGAGGGUUCACUGGUCUAUUGCCUGCCUAGCUAUAACUCAUCUGCUUCUGGGACACUUGUGGGUGCUGAAGGGCAGUAUGCCGGCCAACAACAAUAUUUUCCUUCCUCAGGAUAUGUUCAUCAACAUGUCUCCUGUGGAUCAGAAGCUUUUUCUAUUCAUUUUUAGAGGGAAAAUUUUGUUUACUCUGUCUCCUUUGGAUCAAUCUUUUGUGUCAGAGGUUGGACUAUUUUUUCCAAGUAAAAUGGCUUAAACUCUAUGAAAAUAUUUGGCAACACUGCUAAUAAAUUUUCAAAGUCUAUUCCUCAUACAACACCAAUCAAAACACUGAACAAGACUUAUUUGCUAGAGAGCUGGAUAGAUGAGUAUGAUAGUAUGGUCAUGCUGCUGUCGAUGCUUGGAGUAGAUAGAAGAUAAAAAGCUAAGAAGGAGAUGAUUGGGCUGGUGGGCUUUGAAAAAGAUAUGGACUUUUGACAACUUGACAUGUGGAAUGGUUUCUUCCACGCAAAGUGGCUUCUUCUUAGGCAUCAAUGGGAAAUAAGUCUACCUAUCCAAGUUCGGGUUCACCUAGAAGCUUUGGGAAUCCUUCUGCAUAUAGGAGUUUUCUGCUAUGAAUUACUUGAAUUCAAGUCAAGACAGUGGUGCCCAGUUGUUUUCUAAUCCCAUCAGAUGUUGGACUUGUGCUUUGCUGACUUGGAGUUUCUAUUCCAAUGGAUUUUGGAAUUGUCAGUGUUUGUGGUCCGAUCUUGAUGCAAUUUUAGUAUGCUGUUCCUGACAAUGAGUACUAUGUAUUGAUUGGUGUCGAUCGUUGGUCUUUCUCUCCAGUCGCUUUGUUGUUAAUACAUACUUGGUGAGAUAUUUCUUUAUUCUUGUUGGAAUCCACUUUAGGGUGAUGAAUUUAUGUUUAAUCCAAUAAUGCAUAUAUUCUUGACGUGGUGAUAACCUCUAGAUAUUUCUCCUCUAGAUA